UCUCAGGGUCAUGAGUUCGAGCCUCACAUUGAAAAAAACAAGAAAGGCAGAUCUGAAGCUCUCCUCUCCAAGCACCAACUUUGGGACAAGCAUCAUUCUUCUAAGUCCAUCCACGGAAGUAGGAGAUCACGAUGAAUGCAGAGCCCGAGAGGAAGUUCGGAGUGGUGGUGGUUGGCGUUGGCAGGGCCGGCUCUGUGCGGAUCAGGGACUUGCGGAACCCACAUGCUUCCUCGGCAUUCCUGAACCUGAUCGGCUUCGUGUCCAGACGAGAGCUUGGGAACAUUGAUGAAGUCCAGCAGAUUUCUUUGGAAGAUGCUCUCUCCAGUCAAGAGGUUGAGGUUGCUUAUAUCUGCAGUGAAAGCUCCAGCCACGAGGACUACAUCAGGCAGUUCCUUAAUGCUGGCAAACAUGUCCUUGUGGAAUAUCCCAUGACACUGUCUUGGGCAGCAGCGCAGGACCUGUGGAAGCUGGCUGAGCAGAAAGGGAAGGUGUUGCACGAGGAGCAUGUUGAACUCUUGAUGGAGGAGUUUGCCUUCCUGAAAAAAGAAGUGGUGGGGAAAGACCUGCUGAAAGGGUCCCUUCUCUUCACAGCCAGCCCGUUGGAAGAAGAGCGGUUUGGCUUCCCUGCGUUUAGUGGCAUUUCUCGCCUGACCUGGCUGGUCUCCCUCUUCGGGGAGCUUUCUCUCGUAUCCGCCACUUUGGAAGAGCGAAAGGAAGAUCAAUACAUGAAAAUGAGCGUGUGCUUGGAGACAGAGAACAAACGGCCGCUCACUUGGAUUGAAGAGAAAGGGCCUGGUCUAAAACGAAACAGACACUUAAGCUUCCAUUUCAAAUCUGGGUCUCUGGAGAAUAUGCCAAAUGUAGGAGUCAAUAAGAAUAUUUUUCUGAAAGAUCAAAAUAUAUUUGUCCAGAAACUCUUGGGCCAGUUCUCUGACAAGGAGCUGGCUGCUGAAAAGCGGCGCAUCCUGCAUUGCCUGUGGCUGGCGGAAGAAAUCCAGAAACACUGCUCCGCCCAGAAGUAGGAGAAGGACGCGUGCGGCCCUUCUCAGACGGGACCAUGGUUUCCUUUUUAUGAAGAGCUGACCUUUCUCUCUAUUCUUACAAUUAAAGAUAUCUUGGGUAAACAGUC